AUGGCUCAAAGUAAGAGCGCCGCCUAUGAUUAUCUCAUAAAACUUUUGUUAAUUGGUGACUCAGGGGUUGUGACUUUAUCAACCGAAGAACUAGCUUCCGCUUUUCCAUCUUCCGUGAACGCAACUCUAUCGAGCUUUUUACUUCUUCGUGUUGGUAAAAGUUGUCUGUUACUUCGUUUUUCUGAUGACUCGUUUACUCCUUCUUUUAUCACUACUAUUGGAAUCGACUUUAAAAUCCGAACGAUCGAAUUGGACGGAAAACGAAUCAAACUCCAGAUUUGGGAUACUGCAGGUCAAGAGCGUUUCCGUACUAUCACUACUGCUUACUAUCGUGGUGCUAUGGGUAUACUUUUAGUGUAUGAUGUCACCGAUGAACGGUCUUUUAAUAAUAUAAGAAACUGGUUUUCCAACAUAGAACAGCAUGCUAGCGAAGGUGUUAAUAAAAUCCUUAUUGGUAAUAAAUGUGACUGGGUUGAGAAGAAGGCAAUUACUAAAGAACAAGGUCAACAACUCGCCGACGAAUUUAAAAUUAAGUUUUUAGAAACUAGUGCCAAAGCUAACAUUAAUGUGGAAGAGGCAUUCUUUACUUUGGCCAG